GUCAGUUAGUUGCCAGAUAAAAUGGUAAAAAAACAAUUAUCAUAUUUUGCUACUGGCAAUGGAGGUUCCAAUGGUGAGACGAUUCUCUAUUACAUCUUGAUAUCUAUAUUCAUGUGAACCAGUGUGCUGCUAUGAAGUACUGUAUGCUGUUAUGAUGCUUAAUUGUGAAGUUUAGGUUGCAGCAAUCGAGAUCCUUUUACUGUUUUGUAUUAUGAUGUUUAAUUAUGUGUUUUUUAUCUGUUGCACUUCAGAGCCUGUUGUUACAAUGCAUUUCUUUGCCACGUCUCCCGAGAAAAUGACUCCAGGACUCAACGGGCUUUUAUCUGGUCUUAAAGAAAGCAAUUGCAUUGAAAGUAAAAUUCACUCUUCCGAGAAUUUAUGUUGCAGACUUCCUCCCGUUCGUCUGCAAUGGCUGUGGCAAGGUGUUUUGUUUGGAACACAGAGGCAAGGAUGACCACGCAUGCACAGAGGCAACUCCCGGGAGAGCGGCGCCCGCGGGGGGGGCCGCGGCCCUCACGAGCUACGCGUGCCACGUGCCGGCCUGCUCGGCGCGGGAGCUGCUGCCCGUGCUGUGUCCGCACUGCAGCCUGCAGGCACCGGCACCAGGUGGACCACGCGUGCGUGAACCUCCAGGAGGCGGCGCCGCGCAUGCAGCGCACGCAGGAGCUGGUGCGCGGCAUCACUGAGGGGAGGCGUGGGGCUGCAACCGCCGCGGGGCGGCGCGGGGCCCGGAGUGCGGCCGUGACCGCGCGCGUGCAGCUCAUGAAGACGAAGCAGCAGGCAGUGGGGGAGCAGGGGAUCCCUCAGGAGGAGCGGCUGUACCUGCGUGUGCGGUUGCCGCGACCUGUGGGGGUCUCCGAGGGGCAGCAGCAGCAGCAGCAGCAGGAGGAGCAGGAGGAGCGUGCCGUGUUCGUGUCUCGCGCGUGGUCGGUGGGACGCGUCGUCGACUGGGUCGCCAGCGCCACGCGCCUUCCCAACAACAACCACGUCGCCAGUGCCAAGAAGCUGCGUCUGUGCGACGUGGCGACGCUGCGCGCCUGGCCCAUGGACGCCCUCGUGGACUCGCUGCUGUCGGCCCUGGGGAGCGAGGGAGAGGGUGCGGCCGGAGAGGGGCUCAGGGAUGGCGGCGGCGUUCUGCUCGAGUACCUGGACCCCGGCUGCGAUGUCGCACCGGAAGCUUCGCCACCGUCGGCGACAUAACGGCAGUGGUCAGCUCGGCCAGUGACCUUCAAGCCCUCGCCGAUGGGGGGGGCGGCAGUCGGCGAUGUUGCACGUGUGACCCGUGAUCCGCGCGCGUGCGUGUGUGCGCGCCACACGCGUCCGUUGCACUCUGGGUACACGGCCUUGUCCAUUAACAGCCCACCACUCACUCUCAACCGCGAGUGACAACCGUCAGUGCCACCAGUGGUUGUUCUGUGGAAUGAUAAGUCCCUGGCAUAGAAAAGUGGAAUUUCCAAUACAAACUGAGGCCCACUAAUGGAGAGAAGCAUCACCCAGCACUUGUUUGAGGAUGGUCGUUAUUUGACUUUACGACCACUUAACCCCAUUCGUGAUGUCCAGAAGUGUGUUUUGUUUGCCCUCUUGUCUCAAAUGUGAAGAACAGCCAUUGCUCGUAAUAUUGCCUUUAUUUGUUUUUCUCUUAUGAGGCAGUGCCAAUGAAGGGAGUGAGGUUUUGAUACUUCCUCAGCUGAUGACGCAGUUUCUGUUUGGUGCAAGACAUUUUCACGACAACUGUAACGGGUGUUCGGUUGGACUAACUCAGGGCCGAUGGGCCGCACCACAUCCACACUCGCCCCCUAAGCCUCGCAGAACUCCGUGAACAGUCACACACAAGUCACCGGGUACAAUUCGCAUAUAUGCAGAGAUAUCGCACCAAACACAAAGUGCUGUUUGCCACGCCAAGCGCAUUUGGCAACCUGCCUAUAAGAGCACAGGCACAUCUCUCACGACCACCGUCAAGCAGCCGUGAUGUGAGGGCCAAACCCGAUUGGUUUACAAUAACAUUUGGGGAUGGGGAGGUGGUUUGGGUUAGAAGGCGGUCGAUGCAUGCCGAGAGAGAGGACCCACCCAAAGAGGAGGACUGCAGCAAAGGUGGAGCGAUGGGAUCCGUUCGUAUGCAGGAACGGGAUUGGCUCGCGGUGUCUCUUAGGACCAUGAAGAAUGGCAACAAGCUUGGGAGAGCUCGGUGGGUUGCGUGCCGGCUGUGCGAGCGACUCUCCGCGGCAUCGCGCGCCCGCCUGCUGCUCGCUUGCGCCACGCCGCGGGUGGCCCCAGGGCGGGUGGCACUGCCCCCUCCCGGCUCGCCGCGGUAUCGUUAUUCGCGGCGAUUGUCAAAUUUAAUCAUUUAACGAUGAUCGCCACAAUGAGUUCCCCUUACCUUCUGAAUUGUAUGUCGCACGUUUAAGCUUGUACGAAUACAGAUUGAUGAAAGUUAUUCGACUGUAGUUUACUCAACAUAAGCCCGCCCCAAGUCUUAAUGCAAGCAGAUUCAUGGUCUACAAUGCGUACGUCUGUGCUGGCAGUUGAGCGAAUAUUCAGUAAUUCUGUGACCUAUCAAAAUUAUGAGGUUAUAAAAGGGAUGGACAAAUACAUUACGGAAAAAGGAAUGGCCAUUGUCUCUUUACUGUAAUGGGAAAGCUGAAUGCUCGAAUAUGUUUGAACAUCAUAACACUGCUGUAUUGUUGCCAGAAAGGGUGAAAGCCUAUUUUCUUCAUUUUGAUAGUCAAAAAGGUCCUUAUCUAUAAAGACCUUAGUCUGUGUCUCAAAAACUCCCAGGGUACUUCCCGACAAGGUAGAAAGCUGACUUUUUGGUACAUAGGUAGCCUUUUGAACACAGGAAAAAUCUGUAAGAACGAGAUUUUUCAUUUUAAGGCGCCCCAAAUCUGGAUUUGCACACAUGGCUGGUAUGGUGUUAUUCAGAAACUGAUCAAAACAUUUGAUGGCGUUUUUUUCGUUUGAUGGAGCAUUAAACGGAAAAUAAAAUUAAAGCGAGAACCAUUGUUCCAUC